AUGAGCGAGGAGUGUGCCAAUCCCCUCCUCUUGGGGUGGAUUAAGGAAUGGCUCGAUCAGGCCCGGGAACGGAACAGUAAAGGCGCGACUGUCUAUAAGAAGGCAUAUGAGUCGAUGAAAGCAUGCCCCUUAGCGUUUGAGCAUCCAUCUCAAGCACAGCAGCUCAAUGGGCUCGGCCCAAAACUAUGCGAUCGUCUAACGGACAAAUUGAAGGCCUAUUGUCAGGAGAACGGGCUCCCCAUGCCCGAGCCUCCCGGUCAAGCCAACAAGAGGACUUCCGACAGCGGCAUUUCCGAGCAGCCCGCAAAGAAGCCUCGCAAAGCAAAGCCAUAUGUCCCCGCUCUCCGCUCUGGCGCGUACGCUCUCAUGUUGGGUUUAUCUACCGCUCGUGAGAAUUCAAGCCAGGGCAUGACGAAGGCCCAUCUGAUUGAAGUUGCCCAGCCCUUUUGUGAUAGCUCGUUCACGGCACCUACCGAUCCUACCAAGUUCUACACGGCAUGGAACUCCAUGAAGACCCUUAUCCAGAAAGACCUGGUCUACGAACAUGGCCGGCCGCUUCGGAAAUACGCAUUGUCCGAGGAUGGCUGGGAAGUCGCUAAACGAAUCCAGAAAACACUACCCGAGUCUGCUCAGGCCAUGUUCCCGUCCACCGGUCGCGAGUCUGACAGCCAGCCCUUGCGACAAGGCCAGGCCGGCGAGGUAACCUCGUUUCAUGAUGCAGAUGAGGACGAGUCCGCAGCGCCUCCGCAAAGGCGUAUAUUCAAUGGCCAUACUCUCAAUAAUGGCCCGACUGAACCAAUUACACUUCCACCAAAUAGUUUUACCAUCCAAUUGGUCCUUGAUACUCGCAUCACGCCUCAAGUACGUGCAAUGGAGCUGGGCGACGUGAUGUGGGUUGCAAAGUGCCGCGACCCAACGUUUCUUUCUCAGUAUGGGGAAGAGGGGGACGAAAUCAUGCUGGAUUGGAUUAUUGAACGGAAACGUCUUGACGACUUAAUUGGGUCCAUCAAAGAUGGUCGAUUUCACGAACAAAAGUUUCGACUCCGCCGCUCUGGUAUCAAGAAUGUCAUUUACCUCGUUGAGGAAUUCACAGCCGUACAUGCUGAGGCCGGCGGUGGGAGCGCCGCAAAAUACCAAGAAAUGGUGGCUUCUGCCAUCGCGUCGACCCAAGUGGUCAACGGCUACUUCAUCAAGAAAACGCGCAACUUGGAUGAUUCGAUUCGAUAUUUAGCUCGGAUGACGCUGCUCCUACGAAGGAUGUACGGGGCAUAUGAAUCGCCCGAGGAAGGCCUCGGCGCCAGCCAGUCCGCCACGGCAAAGGUGUCUCUCAUCCCCAGUGGGCACAUAUCUUCAAUACAGAAUUAUCUCACCCAGAUAGAAGAGCUCCGAGCUAAAGACCCAUCCCUUACAUACGGUGUCACGUUUUCUACUUUCUCAGCCCUCACAUCUAAAUCCGACGUUCUGUCUCUCCGCGACGUCUACCUGAAAAUGCUCAUGUGCACGCGUGGAGUGACGGGUGAAAAAGCACUGGAAAUCCAGCGCCGAUGGCCAACCCCUCGACAUUUGGUGGAAGCAUACAUGGCAUUGGAGCCUAAAGACCGGGAAGGGAUGGUAUCAGAAAGACUGCAAUCCUUGGUUGGACGAAAGAAAAUUGCUAAAUCUCUCAGUAAAAAGAUCGCAGAGGUAUGGGGAGAAGGUGGAUAA